GCUGUGUACGUAUAAUACGUUUAUCUGCUUUGUUCCAUUACAUUCAGUUUUUCGAUUUUGACGACGGUUGUCAACGAGUUGUAGCAAGCACAUUUUAAUAAAGCGAAAGGAAAUAAUAAUAUUUAAAAAAUGGAAAGUGCGGGGAAACAAGAUAAUAACGCCACGCAACAGUUGCCGCAGCGACAGCAGCGGGGAAACCAGCAGGCCAACAAAAAUCUCGGCAAGCAUAAUGCACAAAAACAAAAUGAUUCCGCGGACGGAGGCCCGGCUGAAAAGAAGCAACGAUUCGGUGGUCCAAAUGCCCAGAAUCAAAACCAGAACCAGAAUCAAAAUGGUGGUGUAACGGGCGGUGGUGGUGCAGUUGGUGGCCCCAAUCAAAAUAAGAAUUUUGGAAACAACAAGGGUGGGUUCGUUGGAAACCGCAAUCGCAACAAUAAUCGCGCUGGAAACCAAAACCGGACUUUUCCAGGCAACAACAAUCCAAAUCAAAAGCCCAAUAACGAAACAUCAAAGGCGGACGGCCCUAAUGCACUUGCUAAGAACAAUGAACCGGCAACUGCAGCUGCUGGCCAAAAUCAAGCGAAUCAGAACGCCAACAAGGGCCAAAAUCAACGGCAAGGACAAAACCAAAAUCAAAAUCAAGUCCAUGGUCAAGGAAAUCAAGGAGGACCAGGAAAUCAAGGGGGAGCAGGCAAUCAAGGAGGCCAAGGAAAUCAAGGAGGAGCCGGAAAUCAGGGAAAUGGUCAAGGAUUCAGAGGUCGCAAUGCUGGUAACAAUCAAGGUGGCGGUUUCUCCGGAGGUCCGCAGAACCAGCAGCGUGACAACCGAAACCGGAGUGGUCCACGCCCUGGCGGAGGUGCUGGUGGCGCGAUGAACAGCACCAAUAUGGGUGGUGGUGGUGGUGGCGGUGGAGGCGGUGGUCCGCGCGGCGGUGAAGACUUCUUCAUUACCCAGCGGUUACGCAGCAUUUCUGGGCCCACCUUUGAACUGGAACCGGUGGAAGUGCCCACGGAGACGAAGUUCUCUGGACGAAAUCGUCUCUAUGUGGGCAACCUGACCAAUGACAUCACCGACGAUGAGCUGCGCGAGAUGUUCAAGCCAUAUGGCGAGAUUAGCGAGAUCUUCUCGAACCUGGAUAAGAACUUUACAUUCCUAAAGGUCGACUAUCAUCCCAAUGCCGAGAAGGCUAAACGCGCCCUGGACGGAUCGAUGCGAAAGGGUCGCCAGUUGCGUGUACGAUUCGCACCGAAUGCCACCAUUUUGCGGGUGAGCAAUCUCACACCGUUCGUUUCCAACGAGCUGCUGUACAAGUCUUUCGAAAUCUUUGGUCCCAUCGAGAGGGCCAGCAUCACCGUCGACGAUCGUGGCAAGCAUAUGGGCGAGGGCAUAGUUGAGUUUGCCAAAAAGUCAUCGGCCAGCGCCUGUCUGCGGAUGUGCAAUGAGAAGUGCUUCUUCCUGACUGCUUCCCUUCGACCGUGUCUGGUUGAUCCGAUGGAGGUGAAUGACGAUACCGACGGACUGCCGGAGAAGGCGUUCAACAAAAAGAUGCCCGACUUCAACCAGGAGCGUAGCAUUGGUCCGCGCUUCGCCGAUCCCAAUUCGUUUGAGCACGAGUACGGUUCGCGCUGGAAGCAGCUGCACAAUUUGUUCAAAACCAAGCAGGACGCGCUCAAACGCGAACUGAAAAUGGAGGAGGACAAGUUGGAGGCUCAGAUGGAGUAUGCACGCUAUGAGCAAGAAACUGAACUGUUGCGUCAAGAGCUGCGAAAACGCGAAGUUGACAACGAGCGCAAGAAAUUGGAGUGGGAGAUGCGCGAGAAGCAGGCCGAGGAGAUGCGCAAGCGCGAGGAGGAGACCAUGCGACGUCAUCAGACCGAGAUGCAGAGCCACAUGAAUCGCCAGGAGGAGGACAUGCUCCGUCGGCAGCAGGAGACACUGUUCAUGAAGGCACAGCAGCUCAAUUCGUUGCUGGAUCAGCAGGAGGGAUUUGGUGGCGGCGGCGGCGGUAACAACUCCACUUUUGACAACUUCGCUGGCAAUAGCAAUUCGCCAUUCGAGGUUUUUAGAGGCAAUAACAAUAACAAUUCCACAAUGAUUGGAAACAAUGCUGCCCCCAACACACAGGACUCCUUCGCUUUUGAAUUUGGGGUUAACAAUAUGAACCAAGGCGGCAAUCAACGUGGAAAUAAUGGCGGAGGAAAUAAUGUCCCAUGGGGACGUCGACGUUUUUAGACACUGGAUCGAUCGAACAAUAUACAUACAUAUAAGGAUGAGAUUUGACGUACUCUCAAAUAUUUGAUUGCGUUUCACAUUUUAACUUGGCUCGCUAGUGCGCGCGAUCAGAAUGAACUUGCUUAAAAGGAUCCCUUUUUAUCGCAUGCACCCAAAUAUGUUUUGAUUUAAUAUUUGGUCAAUUAUUAUCAAUCGUCUAUCGAUCCUAAAAUUUUAAGAGUAAUGACACGCAAAGGAUGAACCUUACAAAAAUAAUAGUAUACAAUCUGAAUCCCAAAAUGAAUGUGCAACAAUGCUGCACCGAAAAGAAAAACGAAAUCAUUGCGUACAUAUACUUAAUCAUAACGAUAAUUUAAGAUUAUGUAUGCGGCGAACUACAUUCUCCAGUAAUUUAAUUCUUUUUUGUCCACCAUACAAAUUAAAUAUACAUAAAGAUAUAUUCCAAAUCGAUUUAUUUGAACAUGAAAAACGCAAUAUUAAUUCAAAAGAAAAGAAAAGAAAAAGAAAGUUAAGAACACUUCGAGAAUCUGGUGAGUAUUCCGGAUGAGCGCAUGGACUUGAUCUGGAUCUUGGUCUGGAUAUCUCAUCUCAUUCGAUGUCCACUAAUGGAUGAUCCUUCUGUUGUGCAGAACUAUUCUAAGCUUUCCCACUAUUUUGUUAAUGAUUAACAAAUAAAAUGAUUAACAACUUUUUUUUCUGGCUGUAGUCGAAUCGCAACUCAAUUUUUUUUUUUAUUCAGUCUAAAUAAUGUUUUUAUUUUUCUUCAUAUGUUUUAGUAUCUAUUUCAAGUAUUUAUCGGAAGAAUUAAAUUAAUUUCGGUAAUAUGACAUGUGUAAAAUUUUGUGUAAUUUUCAUUUUUUUUUUUUACAUUUUGUCUUUUACCCCUUUGUUUUUUGUAAAAUAUUCUUGCUAUUUUGUAUUUGAUAGUAAUAUUUAACGGAAUUGCAUAUCUUAUCUAAUAUGGAAUUUUCGGGAAAUGAUAUUCGAUUUUGGGAAAAAUGCAAGGGAAAAUCAUUCAAACGCUAGUGUAUUUUGGAUAUACAUUUCUCACCGAUUUUGGAUAUUAUCUCAAGUACAACAUUAUUUAGGAUAGAUUUUGAUAGUUUUACGCCGUUUUCUUGCAAUGAAACCGACAAUCUCAGACUUUGACCAAAAUUUGAUGAAUAAUACUUUGUGUUUUAUACCCGUAUACCUUUCAUGUUGCAUAAAUAUACAUUGGCAUACCUACAAAGCAACAAAUUUAAAUGUAGUUGUAAUUAAUUGUCAUGCUAAUAAUUUAAUUAUACUUAUAUAAAUAUAUAUAUAUUAGUAUGUUCAAAAUACUACUACUUUAAUCAAACAAAUAUGGCACUUUGAAAGCAAACAUAAAAUAUUUACAUUUUGAUCAGUUCUGGGUGUUGGCACCGAAAAUUAAUUUUAGUAAAUUAAUAAACAAUUCGAAGUGUAUAGAAUAUCUUUAAUUUUUUUCAAUUUUGAUGCAAAUGAAAAAUAAACGGAAAUUGACUUCCAAAUGCGAACAUUACAAUGUUAUACUGGAAUGAAGAUGUCAACUUAUGAUAUUCGGGAUUUAUCUGUACUUAUUAUAUUAAUAUUCUUAUACCCUUACAGAAAGUAAUUUUGUCACAAGUUGCAACGCAUCAAUGGAAAGAAUUCUUAGACAGCAAUUCACCGUAGCAAAUUUAACUUUACUACAGUUUAUUCGGUUUUUUUUUUUUGUUCGAUUUUUGAAGUACUCACCAACAAGUGAGCGAUCGCAAUUGUCGAGUACCUCGACUAACAGAUACCCUGUAUUGUGCUAUGCAAGCUGCUACAGUUUCCGCGCUGCAUAGGCGUCUGGAAAUCCGCAUGCUUAAUCCCAAUUUCAAGCUGCUAUAGACAUAGAAAUAUCGAAGUCCAACAUACGGACAAUCAGACCAGAAAUCCUAUCAAGAAAUAAAUUCAUAUCAACUAAUCCAGUAUACCCUUCUACUCCGCGAGUAACAGGUGUAUAUGGACUUCCCAAAGAUAAAACUAUCGGAUGAGUUCUUUCUCUUGAAAUUUGAUUUAUUUCUUUGCUGGUUUUCGUCCAAUUGACAAACAAUUUGGGCACAAUAUUUUUUUACUUUUUGUGCAAUUAUCAAGACAGUGUAAAUAUACAAAUUUGUAACCUAGCAAACAUGUGGAAACAUGAAAUUUUGGCUUUCGUCAUUUUGGAAAUUCUGAAUUUUAGUAAUGGGAUUUUAUUAAUUACCAAAUUUUUGCUCUCGCAUCGUAAUAUUCAUUUGGAUAAUAUAUAUAUAUAUAUCAAUAUAUAUAUAUAUCUGCUGGAAAUCAUUUCGGAGGAACUAAGGAAAAAGAAUUGGCACACAAAGCAAUAUGUAAUCUAUAUUGGUUUCAGUGCAAUCAAUAGAAUCGAUUUUGAUAGUUGAUAUUGUGGUUUCUGGAAAAAGAUGGGGGAUGGGCGCGAAAAGUGGGCGGUGUGUUAUGAAGAAACAACGUCUGGCGAUUUUCCAUGAAAAAUGCUCUCUGAGAAGGAUGAUUAUUUCAAUGCAAUGCCAUGGCGAAUGGGAAAAGGUAAUGCCUGCCCUUGUGAAAUUUUAAAUUUAUUUUAACCCCAUUACAGCUAAAAUAAUUUAAUUAUUUUUAUAUUCAAGUUCUUUUACAGGUUUAUUUAAUGAAUGUACGAAGACUUGCAUCGUAUUGCAUGUAUAAUACAAUAACAUUGGAAUCUCUUUAGAUGGAACAUCGCUCUAUUGCACUUAGUGUAAUAUUGUGAACUGAAAAUAAUAUUUCAACUACGAUUUUUGGGAUAAUGUCUUCUUAUGUGGCACAGUUAUCGAUAUAGGGUUCAAAACUGAUUUCUUUUGUCAGCAAUUUAGUGCAAAUUGAAACAUAGCUUUGUUGUUUGAUAAGUAUAUUACCUUUUGGGUGUAAACUUGUGUUUUUUUUUUUAUUACACCCAGUCUAGUCUCUCUGCGUUUUUGUCCUUCGGGAAUAUGUGAUUGUUCUUCUCUUCUUUUUUUUUCAAUCUUUCAAAACAAUCUUAUAUAUUUAAUAAAAAUCAGACUGGUUUCAACAUACUAUAUGUUUAUAAGUCAUCAAAUUGCUAUUGCUUCCAGCAAAACGGCAUUAAUGAAUGUUUAAUGUAUGUUUUAUAGGCAAUAUUGUGUGGAACUCCCAGUCAAGUUCAUUAUCAUACGUGUAAAUUAUGCAAAAUAUUGCCAUAUCAGUGGGCGAAAAUGAAAAGUUAUCUAUGAGGUUUAUAAAACUUAAGCAUAAAAUAAUGAUGUUUUAUUCAUCUUAAUUUGAAGUACAAAUUGGUAGAGGCUAUUCCAAUUUUCUAAAAAUGAAUUCUAUGAUUCAGUCCUGCGAUUCAACGAUUUAAAACUACAAAACUGGAUGGUUUUCGUCUCGAAAAGUAAAUGGAAUAUUUAAUCUAUCGUUAUGUAUAAUGGUUCGACCAUCAAAAGAGAAAAUAUGUGGCCAAUAUGGCAUUUUAGUUGUUUUUUUUUUUUUUAAUAAUAAAUGCUGGGUAGUCGGUUUUCUUCGUUUUGUAUUUUGUUCAAUGUGGAAUGAGUGUUUUCUAAAAGAUCUCAUUGAUUUGGCGUAAACCCUUUAUCAAAUCAAUAAUAAUAAUAUAUAUUAUUUAGUCUGAUAAUAUGCACUGCAUAUUAAGAUACAAAUAUACUUUGGUUAUUUAGUGUAGUAAUUAAUUUCGUUCGACGAUAAUCUUAAUCAAACAUACGAUAAUCGCGUAUGAGUAUGAUUAUUUCUUUUUAUGUAUUCAAUCGAAAAUUGAUCUUCUGUGUUAGAUUCAAAAGGUUUCCUCAGAAUUUUUGGCUAGUCUUGUCUACAUAGAAAAUCUACAAAUUUGUAGUGUGCAAAAAAUUACGAAAAAUGUUUGUUUUGUUGAUGAAAAUCUUUGCGUGUGGAUUUUUGGGUUCGAACCGGCGUUAAUAAGCUCUUAUUUCGAUGAAACUCUUCAGCUUUGGCCGAAGAUGAAAUAUUUUCAAGAUCGCAAAACGGCGUCUUUGCUCGCAAAUGAAGUCCAAAUCGACUGGCAGCAAAGCGCUAACGUUAAUCAGGUAAUCUAUGUUAAAAUGAACCCCCAACACUUUUAAGCUAUAAAGUGUUUCUUAAAGUAAAAUUACCAUUGUUCGAUCAACGUUGCUUGGUUAACUAAGAUCCUGCAACGUGGGCUUGCUGUCCAUUUUCCGUUUUUUUUUUUUUUUAUUUAUUAUGCAGCACUUUAUUAACCACGCGCUGCAUUAUUGAAAUAUACUCCCUACCAGAAUUUUGAACUAAUCCAGUUUGUGUUUGCAGGAGAUCAAACGCCUUGACGGUCCUAUAAACGAGAUUACUUCAAACUUCAGCCCACCAGAUUUGGAUUCGGAUAUAAUUUUAGUGGCAUUCGUAUUGGAAGAGUUCUCAUCUCACGUGUUUUAUACGAAAAUUGUACAGAAAUGUGAAAGCUUUAAGAAACGCACACAGCUUAAUGCUCGAUCAAAUAUUAUUAAAAAAUGCAUAAGCAACUU